AUGCCUCGGAGAGCCCCCUUGCCGCAGCCCUGUUCGUCGCUCCUUGGCGAAUCUGUUACAAAAGAAGCUGACGAUGAUGAUGGUGAUGAUGAUGAAGAAGAUGAUGACGAUGAUGAUGAUGAUUCUGAAGUUAAAGAAGAAAACGGUGUAUUAGUCUUGAAUGAUGCAAACUUUGACACCUUUACUGCAGACAAGGACACUGUGCUUCUGGAGUUCUAUGCACCAUGGUGCGGGCAUUGCAAGCAGUUUGCUCCUGAAUAUGAAAAGAUAGCCAAAACUCUGAAGGAAAAUGACCCUCCUAUUCCAGUUGCUAAAGUAGAUGCUACUGCAGCCACUUCACUAGCAAGUCGUUUUGAUGUCAGUGGCUACCCAACCAUCAAAAUCCUGAAAAAAGGCCAACCUGUUGACUAUGACGGUUCUCGGACAGAAGAUGCAAUUGUGGCCAAAGUCAAGGAAGUUUCUGACCCCAAUUGGACCCCUCCACCAGAAGCUACCCUGGUAUUGACCCAGGAUAAUUUUGAUGACGUCGUGAAUGAUGCUGACAUAAUCCUUGUGGAGUUCUAUGCUCCGUGGUGUGGACACUGCAAAAGGCUUGCUCCAGAAUACGAGAAGGCUGCCCAGGAGCUCAGCAAGCGCACACCUCCUAUUCACUUGGCUAAAGUCGAUGCCACUGCUGAAACUGAGCUUGCAAAGAAGUUUGAUGUUUCGGGCUACCCAACUCUGAAAAUCUUCCGCAAGGGAAAACCUUAUGACUACAAUGGUCCACGGGAAAAAUACGGUAUUGUCGACUACAUGAUUGAACAGGCUGGUCCUCCAUCCAAACAGAUUCAGGCUACCAAGCAGGUACAGGAAUUUCUGAGGGAUGGGGAUGAUGUCAUCAUCAUUGGUGUCUUUAGUGGAGAGAAUGACAAAGCCUAUCAGCUCUAUCAGGAAGCAGCUAACGGUUUAAGAGAAGAUUACAAGUUCCAUCACACCUUCAGCAAUGAGAUUGCAAAACUAUUGAAAGCAUCUCCAGGAAAACUGGUUGUCAUGCAGCCAGAAAAAUUUCAGUCAAAGCACGAGCCCAAGAUGCAUGUUUUGGAUCUUAAAGACUCUACAGAUGGAUCAGAGAUUAAAGAGCACGUGCUAAAACAUGCUUUGCCUCUAGUUGGUCAUCGCAAGCCUUCCAAUGAUGCUAAAAGAUAUGCUAAGCGUCCUCUAGUGGUUGUCUAUUAUUCUGUAGACUUCAGUUUUGACUACCGUGUUGCUACCCAGUACUGGAGAGGGAAAGUCCUGGAAGUGGCCAAAGACUUCCCUGAAUACGUGUUUGCUGUGAGUGAUGAGGAAGAUUAUUCGUCUGAAAUUAAAGAUUUGGGCCUGCUUGAGAGUGGAGAGGAUGUCAAUGUUGCCAUUUUGGAUGAAGGUGGCAAGAAAUAUGCCAUGGAGCCAGAAGAGUUUGACUCCAGUGUACUCAGGCAAUUUGUGCUGGCAUUCAAAAAAGGAAAACUGAAGCCUAUUGUGAAGUCCCAGCCAGUGCCAAAAAAUAACAAAGGGCCUGUGAAAGUGGUAGUGGGUAAAACAUUUGAUACCAUAGUAAUGGAUCCAAAGAAUGAUGUUCUCAUAGAGUUCUAUGCCCCAUGGUGUGGACACUGCAAGAAACUAGAACCAGUGUAUAUGGAGCUAGGCAAAAAAUACAAGAAUGAGAAAAAUCUAGUUAUAGCCAAGAUGGAUGCUACUGCCAACGACAUCACAAGUGAACGCUACAAAGUGGAGGGAUUCCCCACUAUCUACUUUGCUCCAAGGGACAAGAAGAACAACCCUAUUAAAUUUGAAGGCGGGGACAGAGAUUUAGAGCAUUUGAGCAAAUUUAUAGAAGAGCAUGCGACAAAACUCUCCAGAACAAAAGAAGAGCUUUAGAUAAGAUGAGGGUGUUGUAUGUGGUAGUUAAAAGCAAGUUACUGACAAAACUUCGUGAGAGAAGAAUUAAGCAGUUUGAGCAAGGAAAUUCUUGAGCAGUAAAGCAAUUGCAGUAUCUUUUUUUUAUAUGGCAGAAGUUUUUCUGGACACUGAACCUCUUUUCUGAUAUGAAUGUCUUACGUUAGUCAUGAUUUUGAUCUUUGGAGAAAAUACAUCCUUUAUUUUUUGUGACUAUCUUAAGCUUGAUUCUUUGACUCCAGUGCAACUGUUGUGGGGUUUGGUUGUUUUGUUGUGGGGUCUUUUUUAAGUUAAAGAUAUUACCAAAAAGAGUGAGAACCAAAUGCCUCUGCCAAACAGGUUUCUUUCCCUUAUUUGUUGGUAUGGUUAGUGGAAGGAAGGGUGUUUUGAGCCAAUCUCUCUUCUGUUAUAUUUCUGUAUACCCAUUCAUGUGGCUAUCACUGUAUGCAUUGCUGAGGGUAAUAAUGGAGGCUUUCUAAAGUGUGGAUGAGUGAUUCAGUCCUACUGAGAUAAGACAGUGACUAGCUAACUAAACGUGGUCUAGACGUGUGUGCUUUUGCUCUGUGCCCCUCUGUGGAGAGGGUGAUGCUAAAAUAGCAGUUUUUCUAAUUUACCUCUCUUUACUAGUCCAUAUUGACCCAUUUAUAUCUUAAGUCUUCCCAAGCGUAUUUUGGAGUAAUCAGAGUGUGGUAGAAAGAACAUGUAGUGGGUGGUAAUGCUUGGAUUCUGGUGUCAGACCUGUGUUACUGUUUCCGUUCCUUUUGUAGAGAGGAAGUGUUUGGUAGUGAUUCUUCUUAGGGAAGCAGACCGAGACCUUCUGAUAGACUUUGUCCUGUGGCAGUUACUGCAGGUACAAAGGAUGAUCACAUCUACUCCAUGCUCCAGUUGACAGUAUGGGCGUUUAAAAGGGGAUUCUGAUUUUGAAUGUCCCAGUUCAAAUAUGUCCAUAAAUUUAUGGGACAUGUUGGGGUGGCAGACUUGCGUACUCUGGAAGCAGUGUCUGCUUCUCAGAGCUGUGAUGCUGUGGUGUGUGUGACCUGAGUGUCACCGAGGCGGUUUUGAGAUGUAGUGCUUCUCUCCUAGCAGUGUUGUUUUCUGUCUUGCAAAAGACAAAUAUCAGUCUUCCUUCAGCAUUUUCUUGUUGCAUUAGCUUUCAACUCUGGAGGUUGUGUGAAUCUAAAACCACUGCCCAAUCUUUUUUUUUUUUUUUUUUUUAUUCUCUGGGGAGAAGCAGCCUUCUAUGUAGCAAGGGUAAACUCAUGUCCAGGAGGUGGCGGUUAAGAUACAGUCUAAGGACCCAAAAGGGCCUGCAAGGGGGUACAUAAUCCUUCUGCACUUUGCCUCACUGGUGAAGGGGUGUACCUCUGCCCUGUCUUAACAGAGGACUGUUCCCCACUGACCAUUAGCCACAUCUUGCUGUCUAGGCUGUUAACAAACUGUUAUUGCAGAGGUGUAUGCGACUGUGAAGGCUUUCUCUUACUUAGCAACUUAUCUGAAGCUAGUGAGCAAAGCUCGCCAGCAUAUUAUGAAAGAAGGGUAUGGUACCACAUCUCCACGGAGUGCUGGGGUGUGCUUGAAUGCCAUUCAGCUCCUGUUUAUCAGCAAAAGCUGGGAAGUGCUAAGCAGCUAUGCAGGAUCAGUUCUCAAUUGCUGCUUUGUGUUAGAGCAGUGUAAUAAUUCACUUCGGGCCCUGGCAUUGUCAGUCUCCUUCAUAGUAGAAGGCUUUUUCUCUACAGUCCUCUAAGUGUACAGAUGUGUGUUUAUGCUUAGAGAAUAUUUCACCUACAAGACACUUACCAAGUGCAUUAUCUUUCCAUCACUUGCCACUUCUGUUUGCAGCUUUUCUGUGGAGCCUUCAAAGGCCAUGAUCUGUGAUUAAAUGUCUGUGCAUAGGCAACAGGACUGAAGUCAGACUUAGCUGAGCACCAACUUACAUUAGAGGUGACUUUUUCCAGCUUUAGAAAGUAUACAUAAGCCAAGUAGCAAGUUCUGUUCUGUGUGCCAGCUGAGAUCAAUUCAGUUGUUCAAAGAAGUAGGCACAGACUUUUAAAAUCCAUUCUUAAACAUAGUUCAGUUUCUAUCUCUAAGCAGAUAACUCAUGUAAUACUGCAGGGAACUAAAUUGCUCCUACUUAUUAGUUAGCUGCAGGCUUGUAGGGAUUUAUUCCAAAACCAGUGUGGUCUAACCAACAGGAGCACAUGGAUAAAUACGGAACACGUAGAAGGGAAGGUGAAAAGUCCCUUAUUGGUGGUGGGUACAGUCAGAGCUUGAAGCUCCGUUCUUCUUGGGACAGUGUCAAAGUUAAUUAUGAGUUUCUUGCCUCUCUUCUUGCAGGUGUGAACAUUGUCUUUGCCAAUGCUGUGCUGUUUCUGUAGACGUCUUCCUCCUAGAAGGAGUGAACACCACCCUCCCCAGCCUGCUGGGAGCCCUCAUGGCAGUAAAAGGCACAAGGCCCAGGGGAGUGUCUGAGGUGUGCUUGUGUGGUGCUCUUACCAGCUUGCUUUUCCCUGCCUUUGCAGGUGGAGGCAGCCUGGUACAGUUACUUUGGGGCUGUGCUCAAAGACCUGAACUUUGUUCUGGUGCAGCAGUGCUCUAGUCAGAGCUACACAAGGAAGAGGAGUACACUAGUUGUAGUAUUGCUAACUUAAUUUCUUGACAACUGUGAGCUGCAAGAGCAGGCAGUGUUACCCCAAGUAGAUUAUGGGUUUCGGUUAUGAGCAGGAGAGGAAAUGAGGACUUUAUCCAUCCUUACAUUGAUAUUUUCUGGUGGUGUUUCCUGUGAGUCCUUGACUGUGCCGCACACCUUGGCAUCUGCAUGCUGUAAUUGAUAUAUUUAUCUUGAUUGCUUCCCAGGAAGAUGAGAGGGUAUUGUUGUCUUUCAGCUUUGAGUGAAGUCAUACCGGAAAGCAAACUGCUUUCCUUAGGUCCAGUGUCCUGUACCCUGCUGUGUGCACUACCAACAUCACAUCAGCUUUGCGAAACUCAUUGGGAUGGCUACAUCAUUAGGCCUCAGUUAAAGCUGUCUACCUGACAAGUUAUUUUAAUGUGAUUGAUGCCUCUUAAGGGGAACAGGUCUUACCAUCUUUUGGAAUUUCUAUUAAAUGCAUUAUGCAUGUCUGCUUUUCCCUUCCUGGUGCAUUAGGAUGCAUUCCUAAGCAUCCUGAACUCCAUUAAUGUAUUACCUAAGUGCCACUGACUGGCUUUGGUGUUCCCUUCUUACAGAAGGAGAAAAAUAAAUUGCAUGCAGUGUAAAAGAACAGGGGUGCCCCCUCACUUGUUCUUGCCCUAUGCUUAUGCAGCUGUGGGUAUUGCUUCUGAUUAUCCUUCCAAGUAGAAGAUAUCCUGCAGUUUAUGCUACAGCACAGGACCGACAGUUCCCAGGUAGGCUCUGAGGAGCCUGGCCUGGUGUGAGUAUCUCCCAUACACACGUGCUCUAGAAAAUAAAAAAAAAUCUUCUGUGAAUUGCAGUACAUCUUUAUGUAGUCAGACUUGAGACUUCUUCAGGGAAAGGAAGCAUCCCUGAAGGGUCAUGGACGAAGGUAAGCAGCAACUCUAGCACAGUCAGUGAUCCCUGAGGAGUGAGUUCAUCUGUUCUCUGUCCAUGGGACACUUAAGGUGACAGUAAAUACCUGCUUGGGAUCUUGAUACUGUGUUAAGUGCUAGCUUGUUCAGUACUGGAAGAGAUUGAUAAUAGUAAAGGGACAUGCCUCUUCCCAAUCAAGUUUACUCAUCAAGUUUAUUCUUGGUUUCUACUUGAAAUGAUUUUAUACUUCAAAACUGUUAUGGUGAUACCCACUAUAUAGGCCUAAGACUUGGUUGGUAGCUAGCAGGCAUGGCACUGCAGAGCAGAGACUACUCCACAAAGUUUAUCUUCCCUGUUGUACAGAAGGUUAUGUGAGGAAACAGGCUUCUGAAAAGUAGAACGUGAAUAAGAAUACAUGAUACGGGUUAAAGGCUUUUCAGAAAGUAGCACUAACUGUAGUGGUCAGAAUUCUGUCCUUUCUUUUGCGGUAGGCAAGAGAAGCUACUUCAAGCUGUACAUGCUCCAAAAGGCUUUUUGGCGACAGCCUGCACUGGAAUGGACAAGGAUCAGAGGAUUGAGUACUGCAGUCUGUACGCUCAGCCCUUGAUGUGGGGUAAUGAGUACAUCAAGCUUUGUGCAAACAAGAAUGUAACCCACUUAGUCAAACUGGUACAAAGCCUUGUAUUUAAGCUAUGUGGCUUUGGUUUGCUGCACUUAGGUUGCAAAACUCCCUUUUCAGUGCAGACCAGGUGUGAUGGGAUGAUCUGUGAGCAACCCUACAAAGGCACUGAAAUGCUGUAGUAUCUUAACUUGAAGUUGCCAGGCAUUUCUGGGACUUUAGCUAGUAGUGCUGUACAGCUUGAAGUAUGGUGAUGUCGCAGGAAUCGCUGCACAUCACUGCAAUGCAUUUGUCAAGGAAGGGCUCACCUUUUCCUGCCUGGACCCAUGGUAGGUUACAUGCAGCCAUGCAGACGUGGGCAGGGGAAACAUUUUCUUGGUGUGUGCAACCUGUCUUGAUGUCUGUGCCCAGAAUCCUACAAAGCUCACAAGUCAGCUUUUUUUCCUGUCAACUUCUUUGGCAGUUGCUCUGCGCUAAAGCCGGCUCCUUUAGACACAGCUGUGCAUGCUCUGAGGGCGCAGACUGAUGUCAUGUUAAUGUUAGUGCUGGAAUUCCUGUGCCAUGAACAGCUGGUUCUCUAUGGAGCCACUGUGCUGUUAUCUCACCCUUUGCAGCAUUGCUUUCUACACCAUUCCUGAAUGUCUGGGCAAGCUCUGUACACACCGUGAAAUCUAAAUUAACAUGUCUUUACAGAGGCUGGGUGAGACUACUUGGAUCUGGAAGGACAUGGCUGUUCUCCUGUUUCAUUUCUGCAUAUAGAGAGGAAGAGAUCUGCUCUGUGAAUUGCCAUGAAUCCUUACAUUAGAAAGGUGGAAAUUUCAGCUUCAGAAAUGCUGUUUGUUCAAAUCCCAAGCUGUGUGUGGCUUGAUUAACAAAAUGGUAAAGGAGAUAAAGCUAUGUUUAAUCCAAUCAUGCAAAGAAAACCCUUAUCACAAUCAGUAACCCAAUCCUCUGAUGGAUUUCUGUACGCUGGGGUUUUGAACAGCCAAGUGUUUCUUCAUAAUGAAAGCUGAUGCUUGUCAACCUGCUCUUGAUUAAUGUCCUCUUACUUGCUUUGUCUAAAUUAUAGUAGCCUUCUUGAAAUUCACGAUGUUUUGCCCUACAAUAGGGGAGAAUUAUUCUGCAAUAGAGCCUGGUAAAUUGCUGCUCAGAAUGAUAGAAGCAGAGUAAAAGAAAAUACAGCAGAAGCUGGGCUCAGAAAAAAGCAAAUGAUAACUCAAAUUUCCAUAAAGUCGGAGAAGUCAAGGCUAGACAGGACCAUUUACUCACCUAUUCUGAUUGCUUUACAUAUCAGGCCACAAGUUUUCAGCUAUUUACUUUCCAUAUUUAGCCUAAUAACUUUAAUAUUUAGCAUUUAGCCUAUGCACCUGUUCCAAAAAGCAAGUAUGCGACACAACCAAAGCUCCACAACUCUGUUAGGUGCUAAUGCUACACUAAUACUGAUUUCUGAACCACAGAAUGCAUUCAGGAAAUGGAACACAUGUCUUGAAGAUGGUACUGCUUUGAGUAAGGAAGGGGGUUUUGCAUUCACUAGCCAUGUGAAAUACUUCAUAUGUUACUUUUGAUAAUGCCCUUGGACAGUAGAAUUUAGUCAUAUAUUUUAAUGUGGGGCAUGGCUGGGGGUUUUUUGUGCUUUAAGUUGGUUUUGGUCUCUUACAGUCUCAAGAUAACAACUAAAGGAUAGCCAGUAAAACUCCACUAGCUUAAUUAAGCUGUAGCAAUUCCCAACCAGCAGAUGUUCACAGAGGGCAUAGUGACAGGUGAGUUGAGCUUUGUUCAAGAUCUCUUCAACAAGCCUGAAGGAGCAGUAACAGACCACAUAACUACAGCAGAUGCAGGUUGAGAGAGGUGUUUAUUGGUGUACUAACAAGUCUAUUUAAAUAUAAGUGGCCUUACUAAUCUUCCUGCCUAUUUAUAUUUCUGAGAGAUCGCUCUUAAAGUUCAGUUUGGUCAAAACAGCCACUCUUUAAAUACAAAAGUAACAUUUUAAAUAAAAAAAAGUCACAGUGGGCUUUGUUUUUCAUUCUUUCACUUCCAAGAUGCACCAUAACUAUUAACGAGAUCCUUGAAGCAUGCUGUUUUCUGUGGCAGCACAGUAGUGGGGGGUAAGGGUUGGCAAUUCCUCGUACUGCAAGCUGUCCAAAAGGAACAGGUAAGGAUCAAAAAGUCUUUAUUUGGUUACAGUGAUGUGACAGCAGCUUCAGUGGUACGAGCAAUUCAGGGUUUUUUGUUCAUUUUCCUAAUGAUGCAGCCUGUUUUGCUGAGAACUGUGACAAUGGUCAACUUUCAUCAGCUGUGACAGGACAAGGGGUAAUGGUUUUAAACUGAAGCAGGGUAGGUUUA